AUGAGCGAACACCGCGAAGCAGACAAUCAUAGAACUAACGUUCACCCACCAACCGAGCUGUCACACGAAGCCGAAGCACGAGCCUUUGCGUUCCUCAUAACAUUGAUACAAAAUAUUGUUCAGCUAUUUAGACCGGCAACAACCUCCACAGCAACUCCCUCGUCAUCGACAACCACAGGAACAACUACAGCACCAAUGACACCAAAAGUAACAACCAUUGCCGUGUCAUCAAGUACAGGAACAUCAGCAUCCGCGAACCCAUUAAUUUCAAUCACAGCAACAGAAACCCUAUUGAUGUCAACACCUGGGUCUAGCACUCCAACAAUUUCAACCAUGGAAACGCUUAUUGCAUCCACAUCCACAGAUAGCAUGGAAACAACGCCUGCGAUGUCAACGGAUACACUUAUCGAAACAACGGAAACCACAGUCCUGUCAACCACUACCAGCAAAACAACUUCUGCCACUUCAGUAAGUUUGAUUGUAGAAACCAUUGAAUCGUCCUCGAUUCCACUGACCACCACCGAAUCAAUGUCUGGUACCCCAUCAAUAGCCACCACAGAGUCAACAGAAAUUACGACUACAUUGUCCGAUAGUAGUGAAUCAAUUUCACAAACUACACCAAAUAUAGAUUUAAACACUGAAACCAUACCAAUGUCAAUGACAACCGAUGUUAGUGAAAUAAUUUCCUCCUCAACCAUGACCGAAAGUUCAGCCACCUCAUCUGCUAUCAUCAGUUUAUCAUCUACGGCUAUACCUGUUUCGGUUACAGGAGACAUUGUAACCGAACCCACACCAACGACUAUCGCUGAAUCCAUUUCUACUACCCCAACCGGUUCAACUAUAGCCGAAAACACGAUGUCUACUGCUACUGAUCAACAUACUUCUAUCGCAACAGCUACUGCAGUUACAGAAACUAUCGUAUCCAUCCCCACGUCAUCGACUGUCAGUGACACAACGUCUACUAUGACUGAAAUAACAUCGUUAUCCACUAUCGGUCUAUUAACUUCCACUACCAUACUUGCCUCAGCAACAGAUGUCACCACACUCGCAUCGACGAUUUUUGGCGAAUCAACUUCUACCACUUCAGUCAGUUCAACAGUAACAGAAACAACGGUAUCAUCACCAACUAACAUGCUAUCAGCAGCAACCACUAUGUUUACUGUAGCUACAGAAACCAAUGAAACCCCACCAACGUCAACGAAUGCCAACGAAUUGUCUUCUGUUAUGGCGCCAAGUACAGCCACGUCAUUUACUGACAGUCUUCCAACUUUGACCACUACACUUUUUUCAGUGACAGAAACACCUGUGACUACACCUGUGUCAACGACCGUGAGCGAAUCAAGUACUUCUGAUCCAAUAAGUUCAACGACAGAAAUAAAUGAAACUACAAGCACACCAUCUACUGGCAGUGCAUCAAAUGCUGCAUUUACCUCUGAGUCAGCUACGGAAACAACUUUGUCUAUUCCUACGCCAACUAUUGUUAGCGAAUCAUCUUCUAUCAUCCCAAUUACUGCAACCAUAGUUGAAACGACGAGCACUUCAACUAAUUCGGGCCAAUCCUCUUCUGACACUAACCAACCAACCACUUUAAAUACAGAAACAACCCUUACAACAUUCACAUCCACGACUGUGGGCGAAAUCACGUCUACCAUAACUGGGGCAAUGUCGAUCGUUAUUGGUCCAGCAACUUCUACAAAUAUACUUACUCCUACUACAGAAGCAAUUGCGACCACAGACACGUCAGUAAUUGUCAGUGAUUCAACCUCUACCACUCCAACAGUUUCAGCUACAGAAGGAACUGAGGGUAGUACUGCUUCUAGAUCUACUUCAGUUAUUGAUGCAGCUUCAUCGAUACUCCGAUCCACACCCAUCUAAUUACAGCUACUUCAACUAGCGAAAUAACAAAAACUAUUGUAUAGUGAAACACUACUCCAUCAGUAUUGCAUAUAACAACGAUAAAGAGCCGGCCUCAAACCUUAUUUAAUAA